AUGGACCAGUCUGUAUUUCGCAUCACCAAGGUAACAUUAGUCGACGAGCUUAGCGACCUCCAGAAAGACUCGGAUUUGUCUCUUGCGGUCGCCUGCCGCGAUGUCGAUGUUCGCAAUGUUAAAGCCCUAAUCAUCGGGCCGCACGAGACACCCUACGAGUUCGGCUUCUUCGAGUUUGCUUUCGUCUUCAACAAAGAGUACCCUCGCAAAUCUCCCCAGGUUCAAGCUACAACUACGAACGAGGGCCGCACCCGCUUCAACCCAAACAUCUACGCCAAUGGCAAGGUCUGCCUAACAUGGCGCGGGGAGCGUGGAGAACAGUGGUCUGCUGCCCAAGGCCUCGAGUCCAUUCUACUGUCUAUUCAAAGCCUGAUGUCCAUGAACCCCUACGAAAACGAGCCGGGCUUUGAAGAUGCAAAGGAGGCUCACGACAAGAAGAACCAGAAGAAUUACAUCCGCCACGAGACAAUCCGCAUCUCGGUCGUUCAUCGACUGGAAGAAUACCUAGGCAUCAACCCCGACGGCACAGUUACGCCAGAUAAUGCCACCGGGGAGAUCGUUUCAGCGGCCUCAACCGAGAGUGAUAUGGACACGUUGGACGAGGAAUCUUGUGUCCCAUUCGAGCCUUUCAAGGACCUUUGCAAGCGACGGUUUCUCUGGUAUUACGACUCCUACAUGGCCGCCGUCGAGAAGGGAAAGUUGGAGGUGAAGGACAACGAGUCGUUCGCCAGAAUGCCCUUUGAAAGUCACGGCAACGGCAUGGAGGGUAAAUUCAACUACACGGAGCUGGAGAAGAGACUCAAGGCUAUCAAAGCAGCCCUCGACGUCGAGACAGAGAGUUGGGCCGCAGAAGGAUUACAGGCUAAGGCUCAGGAAACCACUGUCGCCGUUAAUCUGCAGAGGCAAUUCGAGCAGGUCGUGGAGCAUUUCAAGCGCAGGGAUCUGGCGCACAGCAUCGAACUCGUGGGUGGCAAUCCCUUUGUCUGGCUUGUGACCUACUUCGGGAAGCCUAUGACAAACCUGGACGGUGGCCUGUUCAGAAUCAAGCUUUGCUUCAGCCCACGAUUUCCCGAGGAGCAACCUCGGGCGAGGUUCGAAACCAAGAUCUUCCAUCAUCGCAUUGCCGCGGACGGUACACCCUGCUACUAUGCGCCACCGAGCCGCCGUGAGGAUGUUAGGACGCACCUCGAAGCCAUCAUCGAUGCUCUCGAGGAGGAGAGCCCCCCUUAUGACCCACGCACUUUGGUCAACCCCGAGGCAUUCAAGUUGUUCUGGGGCUCCGUGGAUGACCGCAGGAUGUACAAUCGGCGUCUUCGCCGGUCUGUUCAACAGUCAAUGGAGUAA